GUGAUAUUCCCUUUAUCUUUUAGCAGCAACUUUUCUAUUGAAUUAUCUUAAAAAUGACUAAUUAUUAUUGGAUUAUAGCCCAGCAUUCUGGGAAAGUACUUGAAGUUAAAGAUGGCUCUUUUUGUAGUCUUGUUGAAAUUGUCCAAAAUACUAAGAAAUCUGAGCUUGACUCCAAUGUUGACAUGCAACUCUGGUAUUUCAAUGGUGGAUUUAUUACGAACAAAAGAACUGGCCUUGUGCUUGACGUCGUCGGAGGGAAAUUUGAGAAAUAUACGAAUAUUGUUCAAGACCAAAAGCAUGCUGAACCUUCUCGCGGUCAAGAAUGGGUAUACAAUUAUGCAGACAAUUCUAUCAGUUUGAAAUUUAAUCGUAAUUUUGUUCUUGAUGUUGCGGUAAAAAUGCAAUUUAAAUUGCUUUUAAUUGAUAUAUAUAAUAUUGGAGAUCGUAAUAAUAAUUUUUUUUUAAACUUGUAUUUUUUAUAGGCGGCGAAGACUGAUAAUAAUACUAACAUUCAAUUGUGGGAAAAGCAUGGUGGCAAGAAUCAACAAUUCAAUUUGCAAAAGUGGGAUGAUGGUUCAGUAGUUGUUAAAGAUGCAGUAACGAACAUUAUUGACAAUUUUAAAUUUUUGCCAAAAUUAUCACAAAAUUUCCUUGAAAUUUUGGAUGAUGACGAAUAUUAUGAUGUUAAUAUUGAAGUUGGUAAUAACCCUCAUGUAAGAAUAUUUCACGCUCAUAUGGUUAUUUU